GUCCCCUCACCAUCACAUACAGCUCCACGUGUGCCCCCUCACCAGGACAUACAGCUAAGCGUGUGGCCCCUCAUCUUCACCACGUACAGCUCCGCUUUGGCCCCUCACUAGUACAUAGACCUCCGUGUGUUGCCCCACACAUAUACCCCCACGUGUGGCACCUCACAAUCACCAUAUAGAGCUCUGCAUUUGGCUGCCCACCAGCAUAUAGAGCCUCACGUGUGGCCCCCAUUAGCACAUACAGCUCCAGGUGUGGCCCCUCACAUCCCCACCUAGAGCCUCACGUGUGGCCCCUCACCAUCAUGGCUCGGUAUUGGAUGCUACUACUCUUCCUGACCAUGGGCAGAGGCAAGGAACCCCAGGGCCCGGACUCAAUCGUAAAGGAGAACCCACCAGGUCCAGGGAUGCUGCGCCCCGUCACGGACCCCUUGUCAUCGCACAUGAUGAAGCUUUAUGAGAAGUACAGCCGGGAGGGCAGCCGACCCCAGGAGGGGAACACGGUGCGGAGCUUCAGGGCACAGCCAGAUUUCCUGGCUUCCCGUCCUACCUAUCACUUCAACCUAACGUCUCUGCAGCCGUCCGAAGUUGUCUUGGCUGCCACUCUCCAUUUUGGACAUGACAAAGGCCCCCGGCCCCCCAGGGACUCAUUCUGCAAACAUUCCAAGAAUGCCUCCUGCCGUAUUCUGCUUCCACCACAAACCCAGAAGGUCAGCGUGGUCUUCAAGAGUCUCCUCCACCAAAGAGAUCUAGGCCUGGUGAAGUGGAAUAUCAGCAGUGGCACAUCCAACAAGAAGGGUGCCUGGCACAUGAAGGAUAUCACCACCAUCAUCAAGGAGGCUCAACGCCAACAAGAUCUCUUCAUUUCCACCGAGAUUGACUUUGGCCAUAAAUUUUCUGCUCCUCACGAUAGUCACCCAAGUGAAGCCCCGUACAUCUUGGUGUUCGCCAACGACAGAGCCAUCUCUGAGCCUAACAGCGUGGCGGUAACUCUACAAAGGUAUGACCCGUUCCAACCAAGUGUGGCCCAAGCCAAGCAGCAGCCCAACGUGUCUUCGGAGAGCAGAGUAAGGAGGGAUGCUGCAUUUUUGGCCUCCGCCCAUAAUAAUGAGCUCCCCGAUGUAAAGUACAUUCACUAUAGUAAGCAGGAUCUGUGGGAGAACACGUAUAAGUCACUGAAACAGAAGCCACAAAGGAAGGAGCGCAAGAAGAAGGGGCACGACCACACCGAUACUGCGCCAAAGUCUCCGGUCCUUCACUUCGAUGAGCGGACGAUGAAGAAGGCACGACGGCGGCAGUGGGAUGAACCCCGGGUCUGCACCCGCAGGUACCUAAGGGUGGACUUCGCUGACAUCGGAUGGAGCGAAUGGAUUAUAUCGCCCAAAUCAUUCGAUGCCUAUUACUGCGCCGGGAUGUGCGAGUUCCCGAUGCCGAAGGUGGUGCGCCCCUCAAACCACGCGACAAUACAGAGCAUAGUCAAGGCUGUCGGCAUCAUCCCUGGUGUCCCAGAGCCCUGCUGUACCCCGGAAAGAAUGAGCUCCCUGAGUGUCCUCUUCCUGGAUGAUAGUCGGAACGUGGUGCUGAAGGUGUACCCCAAUAUGUCAGUGGAGAGCUGUUCCUGCAGAUAACACCACGCGGAGGCCCGGAGGAGCCUUAAGUAGUGAGGCCUCCAUUAUUCCUAAACGUGACGGACAGAGGUCAUUGUAAGGAAAAGACUUUGGUGUCUCCACGUUCCUGCGCGAGGAAUGGACGACCUGACCGGGAGAUUCCAUCGGACUCUUUACUGGAGCAGAUUUCUUCUUUUUAUGUUAAGAGGUGUUUUAUGUGUAUAGUAUGUAUUUGUUGUACAGCCGUACGCAGUGACAUUGUAUACAGGGCUUGUAAUAGAAGGAUGCUAUGGAAGGUUAAAGUGGACCUCUAACUAUGGACUUUUGUCAAGUCAAACCUUCUGUGUGGAUUAAUGUCCUAAUAUAUCUUUAUGUAGGUCGGAGCUCCACAGGAAGCUGAGCUUUUCUCCCCCCCGUAAGUCCCAUAGACAGUGACUAGAGCUGCAAUGUGCAUGUGGGACAGUAGACUCCGGACCUCCGUCCUAGAGGGGGGAGGCGAUUGAUAUUUCAGGAUAGUACUGAAACACUAGUAAGCCCUCCUCAACGUGUUUCUCUGUAACAACAACAUCAUCAGGUGGAUGCAGAAGUAUCGAUAAAGAUACAAUGACUGCCAAUACCUGUUUAUCCCCCUGAUGAUGCUGUUGUUACAGCGAAAUAUGUCGAGAAGGGUCUGCUAAUAUGUUAAUAUCAAUACUAUCCUGUGUACACCUUUCCCUUGUUUUGACAUUGUCACAAGUUACUUUUUCAGCAUGGAUGGUAGGACACAGGUCUAGAGACUACUCAGGGGGUCACUUACAACUCACCGGAUGGGAAUGCAUACUUGGUGGGGUCCCAGAGGUCAGGCCUCAACUUACCAUCAUUUUAUGACCUAUCUAGGUUUAUAUUGUAUUUGUAGGUACCAUUAACCAUUAACCUUCAGGACAUUGCACCCUUACAUCACUAUCAUUUCGCUUUUUGUACAUAUACCAGACAUUCCUUUCUGUGCACAGAUUUCUUCUCAUGUGACCUCUACUCUGAGAUGAGGUCACAUGACAGGAAAUGCAUACAGGAUGUUCAGUUCUGAUCAUGUUACCAUGACUACCCCAGAGGAAGACAGACUUAUAAAUUUGUCUGGGACAAAAACUGUGACAGCUGAGCUGUGAUUGGUUGCUAUGGGAAAGCUGAGCUGUGAUUGGUUGCUAUGGGAAAGCUGAGCUGGGAUUGGUUGCUAUGGGAAAUCUGAGUUGUGAUUGGUUGCUAUGGGAAAGCUGAGCUGUGAUUGGUUGCAAUGGGCAACACCAGACAGUUCUGGUUUCAGACAGAUCAAUAAAUCUUGGCCGUUAUGUAGAUUAUUGCAGUAGUGAGAUCAAGAGGCGUCAGGGAGAACAAAACAUGUCGGAAACAUAUAUUAGUCUUAAGGACAAUAUUCAUCUUAUCCAUAGGAUCGGGGUUAACUAGCUAAUGGUGUGUGCGUGUGUGUGUGUGGGGGGGGGGAGAGGUCUGACUAGUGGGACCCAUUCCCCGAGAAUGGGGGGCAAAAUUGUCCUCAGAUUAAAUGGUGUAAAUCACGGUAAGCUUUUGGUGUCCAGGCGAUGGGUGAAGGAUCUUUCCUGAAAUGUUCUUGGGGCAUAUUUCACCAACUUAUAUGGGCACCUUCAUCCGUGGGUGUCAGAACAUGUCCCUUUGGGUGGUCUACUCCCCAUCUGACCUGGUCGGCCCUAAAGACUGUACAUGAUGAGGAUUACGGCUCUUAUCUUACGCUGGGGGUUGUCUCAGGACAUAUAUCGAUGACGUAAGGCAAAGAGUGGCCAUUGAUCCCCAGAUCCCUGCAGGUGACUUCUGGAGAA